UCCCCUGCGGACCUUGCGUUAGGUGAACAAGGUCGUGAGGGAAGUCUUGCUGUGGUUGUUCAGCCACUUCUCCCGCGUUCUCUCUGCGCCUUUCGCAGAGCUUCUCUCGGCGCCAUGUGGGGGCAAAGCGUCCGGAGGUUUACAACCUCUGUGAUCCGUCGGGCCCACUAUGAGGAGGGUCCGGGGAAGACUCUGCCAUUUUCAGUGGAAAACAAGUGGCGGUUACUGGCCAUGAUGACUGUGUACUUUGGAUCCGGGUUUGCUGCACCUUUUUUGAUAGUGAGGCACCAGCUGCUUAAGAAAUAAGGGUGUUAUAAUUGACCCAUUUAACAGUUAAUGUCUUUUUAUUUUGCAGGCAGAAAGAAUGAAGAGGCAUAGACUCUGGAAAAUGGAUUAAACUCUCCAAAUCCGCAUACUAGAUAUGUUUGUAAAUAAACUCCUGACAUGAA